AUGGCGUUGUCUUUCGUUCGUCAAGCGUCGCUCGUUGCGCUUCUCGCUUCUACAACUUUCGCUCAAACUUUUACCGAUUGCGACCCUACUAAGAAAACUUGCCCCGCCAACAAAGGUCUGUCAAAGAGCACCUAUGAGGUCGACUUCACCAAGGGCGCCGACAACGAUGCCUGGACUGUCACCGCCGGCAACAUCACCUACGGCACCGAUGGCGCCGAGUUCACCCUGAACAAGAAGGGCGAUGCCCCCACCAUCGAGACAUCGUGGUACUUCUUCUUCGGCCGCGCCGAGGUUCUCAUGAAGGCCGCCCCCGGAACCGGUAUCGUCAGCAGUGUAGUUAUCGAGUCCGAUGAUUUGGACGAGGUCGACUGGGAGUGGCUCGGCGGCAAGGAUGCCGAGGUUCAGACCAACUAUUUCGGCAAGGGCAACACCACCAGCUACGAUCGUGGCGCGUUCCACACCAUCGCCGCGACUCAGACCGAGUACCACAACUACACCAUCGACUGGACCAAGGAGGCCGUCACCUGGUACAUCAACAGCAACCUCGUCCGCACCCUCAACUACGCCGAUGCCCUUGGCGGCAAGAACUUCCCCCAGACCCCGGCCCGCCUGAGACUCGGCAUCUGGGCCGGUGGCGACCCGGACAACAACGCCGGCACCAUCACCUGGGCCGGUGGUGAGACUGAUUACACCAAGGCGCCCUUCACCAUGACCGUUCAAAAGGUCUCCAUCACCAACGCGAACCCCGGUGGCUCCUACACCUACGGCGACAUGACUGGUGACUACUCGAGCAUCAAGAUUGGCGCCGCCACCGACGACAGCACCAACGCCGGUCAGAACGACACCACUUCAGGUAACACAACCUCCGAACCCGCCUCCGGGAGCUCCGACGCGACAGCGACGCCUUCCUCUGGUUUCCCCGUGUCUUCGGGCGCCCCGCUGAGAAACUCCACCACGACAGGAACCACGAUCCGUCCGACGGUUGCUCCCUCGGCUACCCAGUCCGGCUCAUCCGCCAGCGCUACCGCCUCCACUGGCGCCAGCGCUGCCGCUGGAAAGCUGUUGACCGGCGCAACUGUUGGCACUGGUCUGUUUGGAUUUGCUCUCGUCGCGAUGGCUGGCCUGUUUUAG